UGUAGCCGCCAUACUGGUUCCUCUGCUCGCCGACUGCUGUUUAGAAUGGAUUCACAUUUCCCGACUCGAACUCCGAGCUAAAUGGCCCUUGAGCAACAACGCCGCCUAGAAUGGAUCCGGAUUUCCACGAAUGAGGUGGUCCUGCACGUGGCGGCGGCGGUGACCAGACCAACGAGCAGACGUCGAGCCGCGGCUGCAGUCGUAGCAGCAGCGGUGGUACUGGCGGCGAGGAGGACGGAAGAGAGGAGGGAAGAGAACGGGCGCCGAAGCAGACAAGACAACAACAGUGACUUCAUGGAACCUGAUGUGUGUGAUAUCGUAGAACCUAAUGACAACGAUGACGAAAUCAUUAAUCCUGAUGAGGUUUUUGAUAGUGGCUUAAUUUCUACAGAUGUCAACAAAGACGCAUAAUAUCCUGGAUAUAUCUUACACGUUGGCAUUACAUGACUAACACGUUCGCAAUGCCAUAUUUGAGAUUUGGUUUCGUGGGACAUCAUGUGAAUGUCCAAGACGAUAUUUUUUAUUAUGUGAUAAAAUAUCCGAGAUGACGUGCAGAAAUAUGAUAAUAUCCACAAUGAUUUUGAAAUGUCUGUGAUGGAGACACACAUUCCGAUAAUCAGCAAGAUAUGCGUUUUAUCGUUAUUAUAUACUGAUUUCAUAAUAAUAGUCGACUUCUGCAUCAGCUAAUAAUUACCACGAAUACGUUUAUACUUUGUCAGAAAUGCAAGCAGUUCAUGUGAUUUUUUAAAAGUGUGUUCCCGAAUUUCUGCUGAUUAAUUGACGCUGAUUAUCGGAAGCAAGGUUAAAGUAGACUAGAAAAAUAUGAGGUUUGCUUUAGGAAAACAUACAGAUGUUAUCGGGCUCGAGACUUAGAGCUUCUCUACAGAUAAGAACAA